CAAUCACUUACAAAAUCACGGACCACAAGCAUAGACAGUCAUGAGUAGUGUAGUCAAGAAGUCCACCCAGUUCAAGCCGAGAUUCAAGAGUAAACCUAUAAGGAGAAAGCAGGGCUCGGCAACACCCGUUCCGGCAACACCUCCCGCCACACAAGCAGAAAAGGAGGUUCGAGAUGGAGAUGAGGAUGAGGAAGGUGAAGAUAAGGCCAAUGAUAAUGAUAAUGAUAACAAUGAGGAAUUGAAUGCAUUUGAUGAUAAACACAUAGACAUCGCCAUAGGUGAAGAGAAAGUAGAGAAAGUUGCUGAAAUCGUAACCCCAGUCUCGAGUCAAGUGUCAAAGGCUCCCGCUUUUAAUUUCACCCUUCGAGCCAAAUCCAGUGGCUCAGAUAAGAAGAGUGUGCCAAGUACUGCCCGAGUAGAGGAAGAGAUCGUUGAUCCAAAGGACUCGUCCAAAAUGGCGACUCCCAGUUCAUCAGUAGAAUCUAAUCUCGAUGAAAAGGAGAAGGACCAUUCCGAUGAAGAGGUAUUCAAAUUGCCUGUACCCGAACGGGAAAGACAACAUUCGCUUGUGCCUCAAAGAAGAUUAUCCGGUAUAACGCCUACGGUGAUUCGUAGUAGAUCCGGUUCGAUUCUGGUCAGAUCCACGAUCCCUGAAGAAUCAGAAGUAACCAAUUCCCAUACUCCAGCUAAGAUCGGUAUACCGGUUGGUAAGACUGUUAAACGUAGAAGAUCACUGGUGGCUACGGGUCGUGGAUCAAUAAAGAGACCAUCAUUAGUGAUAUCCAAUACCAGUGGUAGUGGUAGUGGUGUACCUGUGUCUGGACCUGUUGCUUCACGUGGUUCAACCACUAGCCCUGCUCCAGUAACUGUUACUGUACCUGUACCUGUUCCAUCUUCGGCUACUCCCGAUGAUUCUAGUGAGAAAGAGAAUAAGAAAGAAGAAGCCGAUGAUUCAGCCAUCCUUCACAAGGACCAGACUGAACCAUUCGAUUCCUCCAUCUACGUUAUAGGGGUUGAUCCCCAUACGAAGAGGUUGAGAAAGUACUUAAGACCAGGAGUGCAACUCAAGCCCGAAGACAUGCCUGCGGAACUUAUACCCGAGGCACCGGCGGAGUUAUCAACCGUCAUCACAGGUAUCCACCAAUUACCAUUAACUAAAGUUGACGAUAAAGAUGCCGAACUAUAUGCCAAAGUGGAGUUUGACGUAAAUGCCAUGACUAUGGCGGAUUUAUGUAAACCCUUCUUACCGAUCGGGAAGCCAAGCUCGAACUUUGAGUUGGUAAGAGAAGCAGAAAAGAAGAUAGAGGAGAAGAAGAACCAAAGAAGACAGGCGAGAGAGAAGGCCCGUAAUGACCGGAUCUCGCUAGAAGAAGCCUCGGGUGAGUUAUUAGGCGAAGUAGAACAGCUCCAGGCCACUAAGAAUACCAACAUCAACAGUCUCCUCGACAUGGAUGACUUUGAUCGCCCAGCGGCCAAUAACCUCCAGUUGAAAAUGCAUGGGGACCAGAUCACUUUUGAUCAAAGCUCGACUUUGGUAGAUAGACACCAGCUGACAUCACACAGCAAUCUCAUUCGAGAAGAGUCGAACCCUUUUGAGAAUCCUAUCACCUCUUCAUCAUACUCCAAGAGAAGGCAUACGGACCGAUGGAGUAGUCAAGAAGUUAAUCAAUUCUAUGAAGCAUUAAGUAUGUUUGGAACGGACUUUUCCUUAAUUAGUCAAUUGUUUCCUCACCGAACUCGCCGACAGAUUAAGCUGAAGUUCAAUUUGGAGGAAAAGAAGUAUCCUGAGAUCAUUGAAAUGGCAUUAAGAAGGAAAUUGCCGGCGGAUUUCGAACGUUAUUGUGCUGAAACUAAUAAGCAAAUCAAGACAUUGGAUGCCUAUAAUGAAGAAUUGAAACAAGUCAGAUUACAGCAUGAAAAGGAAUUAACUCUCAUUAGUGCUGAACGGGAAAGAGCCAUGCAAGAAGAUGCUGAAGCCAGUAGAAGAAGAGAAAUUGAAAUUAGAACGGGAGCUAAGACGAUGACCAGAGCUGAGAAAUUGAAGGAAUUAAGAAAGAAUGAAAUGGUGGUGGGGUCUAUUGAUGAUGUUAAGAAGCAACGAGAGGAUAUAGAGACUGUUUAGAGGUUCAACUCUUGAGAUAUAUAUAUUAUUAUUAGAGUGUGUGGUAGCGCGCAUAUUUUUUUCUGAUUUAACGACAAAGUUGCGUCUUAAUGCAACAUGAUAAAAAAUAUACGAAAUAUCACGUGUAAGACUCUGACUCAGAACAGACUCAGAACAGACUCAGACCGAGUCAAAUGUGAAAAUUUAAGCUUAGAAAACAGAAACGGAAACGGAAACAUAUCCUGAUUUAG